AGAACGAAGCCAAUGUCGUUUGACGUGAAUGCAUUGGGGACGAGGUCGUAGCAUUGAAUGUGCUCGAGACGUCUCGAUUUGACAGGCCUUGCUUGAUCUUCUCACCCUCCAUGUCAUCUGACUCGUCCUCCUCAUCCUCUUCUGCGUCCUCCAUCUCCACGUCAGAUUCAUAGUCGCUAGCCGUGUUUCUGCCCAACAGGAUAUCUACGUCCGUCCAGUCCUGAGCUGACACCGUUGAGACUGUGAGAAGACUGGCAGGACGCUCUGAACGCAGCGGCUCUGGGUUCAACAAUUGGCUGAUCGAAAUGCGGGCUGCCUGUGGGCUCCGGGAUGCAUCGACUGCAUAAAGGGAAGACGGGAUACUGUUGGGAGCGAUAGGACGAGCCAGUGGUAUGGAUGGCGGCAAAAGGUCCUACAGAGCUCGUCAGCAAACGGAAUGGUAAAAGACUGGAUGAGCACAGCGUGUUUGCCUUUCCAGACCGCAGUAUCUGGGUAUAUGGCCCUCUCGCACGUAUUCACUGCUACAACACCACAAGACACUGCGUCAAGCUGGGUGCCGUGCGUCAACCCAUCAGCUUCGACUGAAAAGGUGCUUUCAAACCGACGCUGGACCCAAUGCUGAAGGCCUUGAAGCAGUUUCUUCGAAAUUGGGUAGCGGAGAUUCUCUGGCAUGGAGUCGCCUAAUUGCCAAAUCUUGUGUCCUUUAAAAUCGAUGCAUCCUGCCACCCAGUGUUCAUCGCUCACAUUGGUGAUGAAAACCAGCCGAUCCUUCUUGCCCUCACUCACAAGUUUCUCGUACCUUGCUAACAGUGGCACCGUCCUCCUCAAAUACCCUUCCUUGUCCCCCUUCACGACAUCCUUCACAAAUGACAUCGGUGCAACAAUGCUCUUGCAUGCUUUUUCAUCAUCCACAUCAGCCUCGACGCGCACUCGCAGACUCUCCAUCAUGAUGUCCAUGUUUGUUGUUCGCAGCCACACGGACGAAACGAACUCUUUCAGAUCGGCAGUCGUUGUGGUGUUCUGGAUGAAGCUGAGGGGUACAGCCCACCCAACGCGUGUCAUUGAGCCAAUCCAUCCCGCGCUUCCACUGGACCUGGAUCCCAUGCACUUCCGCCAGUCUCUGCCACAGAGUCAGAGUGUACAACAGCAAGCCCAUGCCUGCCCAAUCUUGCGGGACAGCAUAUCGAGAAGCAUUUUAUGCGGGACGGUGCGAUCGGCAAGACGUGCGACAUCACAUGUGGGCUCCUCGUUGCUGAACCACAAUGGGCUCUCGGCAUGUACGAGAAUGGAGGAGAUUCGAGGCAAUGGCAGAUGGGCAAAGCUGCUGAUCGCUAGACUGGAUGGCGGGAGGAUUUCGGCAGCCUGGGCUGGCGGCGGCGUUAGAACUCGAUUCUUUUCUCGUAUGACUUCCCAGGGAAUAUCGUUGUGCCAUUUCUUUUUCUGCCCAAUCCAUACAUUUGCAUCGAAGGGUAUAUCAUCUCCGAUAGUGAUGACAGUUGUCAUCUGGGUGGCCUGGUACUUGCAGAGGGAGUUUGCGACAGUGUCGGCAACGACUGGAGCAAUGGGAGCGAAAAUCGACGGUGGUCAAUGGCGAUCGAUCAAUUAGGGGAAACAUUUUCAAGCAAAAUCGGUUCAAAUCACUCUAGUUACUCUAGAUAUAGCAAGGUAUUGUUGGGAAUCAAACAAGUGA